AUGUCUGGAACUCGCGUCGCCUGGAUUGGCCUCGGCAAUAUCGGCCGGGGCAUGAGCGCCAACAUCGCUAAAAAGGGCCCUCAAUCCAGCCUCAUCCUGUACAACCGCACCACGGCCCGCGCUACCGCUCACGCCGCGACUCUGGACGGCAAAGCGACAGUCGCCAACACCAUCGCCGAGGCCGUGCAGGGGGCCGACAUUAUCUUCACCUGUGUCGGUGACGACGCCGCACUGGAUGCAGUCGUAGCCGGCACACUGGCCGACCAAAGCGAUCUGUCGAGCAAGACCUUUGUCGACUGCUCAACCGUGCACCCGGACACCUCGCGCCGCGCCGAGACAGCUUACACAGCCCGCGGGGCCGGUUUCGUGGCGUGCCCUGUCUUUGGUGCACCCAACAUGGCCGAUGCAGGCCAGAUGAUGGUCGUGCCGGCGGGUAAGCAAGCCGCGAUUGCAAAAGCGAAGCCGUUCUUCGAGGGCGUGACUGCCAGGGCGUCGAUUGACCUAUCUGAUGGAACGGGUCAGGACAUCGAUGUCGGACGCGCUGCGACUCUCAAGGUGCUGGGUAACACGUUCAUUCUGAACACCGUGGGUGUUCUCGCCGAGACGCUCGUUGCUGCUGAGUCUACGGGUCUUGGCAUCGGGCCUCUGAAGCAGUGGUUGGAUCUGUUUGCUCCCGGGCCGUUUGCCAAGUAUGCCGAACGCAUGAUCACGGGUGAUUAUUACAAGCGCGAGGAGCCGUUGUUUGCUGUUGAUCUGGCGCGUAAGGAUCUGAGACAUGCGUCGACGCUGGCGAAGGAGGGUGGGCAGCGGAUGCGCAAUGUGGACGUUACGGAUGGGUUUUUGCAGGAUGUGAAGAAGGAGCAGGGGGAGAAGGGUGACAUUGCGGCUAUUUAUGGGGCGGCGAGAAAGGCCGCGGGGAUGAAGUAUGGCAACGAAUAG